AUGACGUUGCCUGGCGGCGGGGUUGGUGGCUGGUUGUCGGCAGCUUUGAAGGGUGACGUUACUGUUGGUGCUGAUUUCUGUGGGGACGCUUCGCAGGCUCCUGGACGCUCCUAUUGGGGCGAAAUAGGACAUUGCGGCCGAGGCCACAAUUCUCACCCUUUACCUCGCAGUCAUCUCCGUGGACGAGGACCCAGUUUGGUGGCCUACGCCGCCCACGGGCCUGGAUCGCGAUAUUUUCAGCAUCAGUUUUUCGUACCAUUUUUGCCGCUCGAAGCUGCUGUGUAG